CUAAUUCCUUACACUAACCAUGUAUUUAUUUAAAUGUGUGCAUUCAGAGAGCUAAUAUCAAUAUUUUUGCAAUCUUCUUCUUCUUCUUCUAAAGUACUGAAGAAUUUCCCCACCAAAUUCCCAGAAUUGUUGUCAUCCAACCUCUCAUCAAUCUGAAUGGCUAAUGUGGUGGAAUUGAAGGUCGGCUUACAUUGUGAGGAAUGCAUCAAGAAAAUCUUGAAGGCCAUCAAGAAGAUCGAGGAUAUUGAAACAUACAACAUUGAUACACAACUCAACAAGGUCAUAGUGACAGGCAAUGUAACCGAGGAAGAAGUCAUCAGAGUCCUCCAAAAGAUUGGGAAAAGAGCAAGCAAUUGGCAGUCAGAGUAAACCAGUUUCGGAUCUUAAACGAUCAUUCCUACAGUUUUUUUGGAUCGUGGCCAUGGAAACAGAGAAAAAAGGUCACUAUUGGGGGAAUGGAGCUUCCAAGUCACCUGCAGAAACUUGCUUUAAGGCCCUAUAAAUCUUCAUAGAGGAGAUUAUUAUAAUUUUUGCCUAGAAUAUUAUAUGUAUGGAAUGUAAAAUUGCCUUCGAUUAAUUCUAUUCGAUUUUCCUUUU